UGACGUCACUGCCGUCAUGGCGCUUCCGGACUGGACGCUGUGUUUCUUCGGCGUUGCCUCGGUCUUCGGAGGAGUCUGCAUCUACCGCCUUCUGACCGGGGGCCGGAGGGGCUCAUUGAAAAGAGGGCUUCUGAGAGAACUGAUGGCUCGAACGGAGAGACCGCUGUUUUGGAUCGCGUACUCACUGUACACACGGACCAAGCUGGGCUACGUGUUUCACAAACGUCAGAUGAAGAAAGCACGGGAGAAAUACCCAGCAGGCCACUCCCGAGCACAACCCACCACCAUAAACGGCAUCAAGAUCAUCCCUGUGCCCAUUCUGUCAGACAACUACAGCUAUGUCAUUAUUGACACGGCAUCAAAUCUUGCUGCUGUGGUGGAUCCUGCUGAUCCUCAGUUUGUGCAGGCUUGCCUGGUAGAAGAAGGGGUGACAUUAGAAGCCAUUCUUUGCACACACAAACACUGGGACCACAGUGGAGGAAACAGAGCCCUCAGAAGGCUCCACAGCUCCUGUAGGGUGUAUGGAAACCUUAUGGACAACAUUCCUGGCCUCACACAUCCUUUAACAGACAAAGACACCAUAGAUGUUGGGACGCGUCUGCGCUUCAGGGCUUUUUACACCCCUGGCCAUACUGUGGGUCACAUGAUCUACCUCUUGGAUGGACGAGCGUUUGGGGGGCCCAGCAGCCUCUUUUCGGGAGACCUGGUUUUUCUCUCGGGAUGCGGGCGAAUGUUUGAAGGCUCUGCUUCAACAAUGCUGUCAUCUCUGGACACAGUCGGCUCACUGAACGACGACACGCUGCUCUGGCCCGGUCAUGAAUAUGCUGAAGAUAACCUGCUGUUCGCUGCAGAAGUGGAGCCUGGUAAUGUGGUACGAGAACAGAAGCUACAAUGGGUCCUGCAGCAGAGGGGCCAAAGACUGUGCACGAGCCCAUCUACACUGGCAGAAGAAAAGCAGUACAAUCCAUUCCUAAGGAGCCAUACUCAGGAUCUCCACCGAGCCUUAGGCCUGCAGCAGAACCAGGAUGAGGACUGGACCUCGUACAGAGCCCGAGUUUUAGAGGAGCUGCGCAGGCGAAAGGACAUUUAUAAAGGCCGCUAGCGCCCCACCUAGAAUUGGAGGGCGAAACUACUAAACCCAUUCCAACUGGCCCUGUUGUUUUCCUCACUCAGUGUUUGGACUGCUUCAUGAGGAGGGCAUUGAUGGAAAUGUAGACUGUGAAGUGAAACAUGAAGGUUACAGUUUGCACAAUUUUGAAACCUUUGGGCAUUAUUGAGAUGCUGUUGGCUGAAUUUGCUGCGGCGAGUUGUUUUUUUCCAGGAUUUCAAGACAAGGUUGAGUGAUUUGUAUCCCUGUGAUCAUACCGAAAGAUCUACAAAUUUAUAGAGAUAGAUUGUGUUGUGCACACCCUCCCCUGUUUGAAACACUUCACCUUUCUCUAGUUCUACGCAGAACAGCAGACCAUGUUUAUGUUCUCAAGGAUUCCAUGCAAACUUGUGCUGGCCAACAUUGUGGGUUGCUGUUCUGCACAGAGAUAAACCCAGCAAACAUGCCCCCACUGGCCCUCUGUGGACUGACUGCGGGCACUAUAGGUUUGGGCUAACCUGCACCCCUGUUCUGUACUUGUGGCCCACUGAGCUAUGGAUUUGGACCCACACAAAACCCUUUUGUAGUUAGGGCUGAGUAGUGCAGGGCCAACAUUGAGGGGUCAGUCAUAUGCCUCUGCAGGCAGCCCAUUGUGGGUCAUUACUUGAGCCCCAAGUCAUUGGUAGGAACCCCAGUCCUGGAGGGCUGGAUUCCUGCACAGUUUGGUGAUUUUUCCUACUCAAGCACACCUAAUUCAACUCUUCAGCUAUUUACCAGGUUUAGUUGGUGUGUUAGAGCUGGGAAAUCACCAAACUGAGCUGGACUCUCAGUUCCCCAUCCCUGCCCUAAGUGGACCCCCUACUAGGUCGCUUGAACCUUUGCCAACAUUGAGCCUCUGAUAGUGGUUUGAAUCAUGCACUUUUGAAUCUGAUAGUGGUUUGAAUCAUGCACUUUUCAGUAAUUAAGGUACUAAAAGCACUGUACAUUUGUCCUUUUGUGAAUAAUAAACCACUUUGUGAACCCA